AUGGCGCUGGCGGAGGACGGCGGAAGGCGGCCGGAGCGAGCGCACGGGCCGGACCGCGCCGCAGACGGGACUGGACUGGACGGGACGCAGCUCCUGGGAGGCGGCGGGAGCGCGGGCAGCGCGGGGGCGGGCCGGGGGCGGGCCCGGGGCAGCACCACCCCCUUCCCGCCCCCCCCGCCCCGUCUGCGCCCGCCCCCGGCCCUCCCGGCGCCCAGCGACCCGCGCCGGCUGCGAACAAAGCGCCGGGACAGCGGCGCCGGGUGGAGGCCGGGCUGCGGAAGGGAGGGGGCCGGUCUGCGUCGGGCCAAGGACUGGGUCCGCCGCGCACACCCUCACGCAAGCCGGCCGUGGAUCUCGGAGCCAGAGGCAACGGAGGAUGAGCAGCGGAAGAGACCCCUCUGGAGGAGGACGCUACUCCGCCCAGACCCUGGUGGAGGGAUUCAAAAGAGGAGGGUGGCGCUGAGGGUGUGUGCUCACACUAAGUUACGGUAUGACACAGAGGUGGGGGUGGAGGUGCAGGAAGUGAGGCUGGAGCCAGGAGCACCCCCGCCGAUGCACCCUCACCUGCAUAUCUACACAUAUAUCUGUCACAGGCAGGUCUGCUCCCCCUCCCCCACUCAGCUGUGGACCCCCACAGACCAGGAAGGAGGCUUCUGGGUCUUCAGCCAAAUGCCCUGAAGAGCCCGAAAGCAGAGGUCCUCAGAGCCAUGCCCAGAGAGGUCCACGUCCUGUGCUCCUGCCUCCCCCAUGUCCAGGGCUGACUCAGCCUGGCUCCUGUGGGGCUCACGGGGGAGGCUGGCUUCCCUCACAGCUCACCCAGACAGGCCACAGGGGCUCAUGCCCCCACUGCUUCCAGGGGCACUCACCUGGCCAGGCCUUCUCCUCCCUGUGCUAUCUGCUGACCCAGAUGUGGGGCUGCAGAGCUGACCACGGCACAGCAGGAAGACAAGGAUGGGCUCUAGCGGCUGUGCCUCUUUUUAUUUCUCUAGAAGGUAAUUUCCCAAAGAUGUGGGGACACAUCUUCGAUUUCUCUGGUGUGUGUGGGGCACCAUUUUGAUCCCACAAGGCUUGUCCCUUAACUUGGCAACUCUAGUCUGGUGACCACCCAGCAACCUCUGGGUCCCCUCAUCCCACUCCCUCCUCCAUCUCACCUCCUGUCUCACCAAAAUGGGUGCAGAAUGGAGGACUGACACCGAGAUGGUGCUGGCCAGAGAAGAAUGGACGCUUUGUUACACUCAAUUUUGCCACAGCUUUAUUACUAGCACUCGGUGAGGUGCUCCCCUGGCCCUGUCCCGCCC